AUGAGACACGGUGCCGGAGCGGUGCCACUGCUGCUCAACAUGUACCUGCCAGGCGAGGGGGAGCGGCAGGGGGCUGCUGCCCUCGGGCAGGCGCCCGGGGGUCGCGGUCCCCCCCGUCCACCCCCACCCGCGCCCCUUUUCCCUCCCCCCCCAGAUCCAGUCGGGGAAACUUUGUUCAAAGACGGGAAGAGCCAGGCGUGGGGGUCUCUCAGCCCCGGCGUGCAGAAAGGCAGUGGGCAGAUCCAGCUGUGGCAGUUCCUUUUGGAGCUGCUCUCAGACCGGGCCAACCUGAAUUGCAUCGCCUGGGAAGGCACGAACGGGGAAUUCAAGCUGAUCGAUCCUGACGAAGUGGCACGGCGCUGGGGCGAGCGGAAGAGCAAACCCAACAUGAAUUACGACAAGCUGAGCCGGGCGCUCCGCUACUACUAUGACAAGAACAUCAUGACCAAGGUCCACGGCAAGCGCUACGCCUACAAGUUCGACUUCCACGGGCUGGCACAGGUGUGCCAGCCAACCACCCCCGAUCACACUCUCUACAAAUUUCAGGGCAACCUGGCCCCACUGCCUUUCUCAGGCAUCUCUAAACUCAACCUCAUGACCUCAGGGGUGACGCCAGCCAGCUUCUCCUACUGGCCUGGCUCCAGCCCAUCCCUCUACCCUGGGCAUGGGCUCCAGCCUUCUGCUCCAUUCAGCACCAUGGCAGCCUCCCACCUCAACAACAUGAACAACCAUUACCAUUAGAGGCUUGGCCACACCAGGCAGACCUCUUGUCCCCAGUGGUGUGGGGCUGUGGAGUUGUGGAGCUCGAAAGGGAGGGAUGGGGGGUGGGAUCAUGCCGGGUUCUCUGUUGCUCCUCUUUAGAUUUGGAGAGUGGCGUAGGGGUUGAGGGGUGCUUGCCAGGUAGCUGGGUUAGUAUCCCAAUGUGGGUGGUUGGAGGACAGAAGCCAUCUAAAUUUACAGUUGGAAGGGAUCCAUAGUCCUGAGAAUAGACGUGGAUACCUAAAGCAGGGUGUGAAUGGAAGUAAAAUCCAUGGGCUUUCCUGUCAGGGACCAUGCCGCCGCUUUCCCUUGCAACAUGCCACCCAACCUAUGAAUGUCCUUAGCUCUGCCCCAAGCCUGUGCCUGUCAUCCACUCUCCACAAAGAGAGGAGUCAGGGUCUGGAGUCCCAGGGCAGCUGUGUCCAUUGGUAAGGGUCCCACUGGGCAGAGAUAAGGAAAGAAGACCCUCCUUGCCACUCCUUGGUCACUCACCUUUGUCUCCAAAGUUUUCCUCUCCUUCAUCCCUCCUACACCUCCAGCUGACAGUGGCCUCCUCCAGACCUCAGGAGAAGCCUUGGUCCGAAGAGCAGGUGCCCUGCAUAGGUUAACUCCUGCCCAGGGCAGAGCUCUGAGGUUGAAGGUGCCAGGGGCAGGUGGGGGGCACUGCCAGCCUUCAGGGCAAGGACAGAGCCGGAGAGAGCAGAGCUUGGUCCUGGAACUCUGCUCUCUCCCCAGACCCUGAGGACCAUGCCACAGAGCAGGAUGGUCCUCUACAUGCUGCACAUGAUCCUGUGUCCUGCUGAUCACUUUGAAGUUUUAAUGCUCCACUUUUACUGUGGCUCUAGCCCAUUGCAUGCAGGGCUUGGUGGAACAUCCUCCACAGGUGCAAACAUCCUCAAGGUCAAGGCUGGGUGGAAAGUGGAGCAGGGGAAAGGAUGAUAUCAGGGAUGGACGUGCCAGGCACUAAGGAGCAGCCCUGGGUCUUUCCUUCUGCGUCCAAGGAGGCGCCUCCAUCCUCUGGAGCAAGACUUUGGCCCAGCAGAUGCAGAAGAGCUGGGCAUGCUGGGCUCUGUGCUGGCUGGAGGAGGGAUUGGUCUUCAAUAAAACAGAGAGGUGCUGUGACCUGUGUCCUCUCAUAUCUGCAGGGGACUGGUGAUAGAGGAAACCACAAAGCAACCCGCCCACCCAUCUGAGCCAGAGCACCUGCAGGGCUCUGAUGGGGAAGAUGCAGCCACCCUGCCUUAUCUUGCACACCCUCUUUUCUCUGAGGAUCACCUCUCACUCUUACAGCCCCCACAAGAGACAGGAAAGAGCUGGAAACAUCUGGGCUUCUUGAAACACUUCUUCAAGGAAGCCACUUACCCUGUUCCCAGGCUGGCAAGGGGAUAUGGCAGCUGGAGGCAAUGAGAAGAUCCAGUUGGCCUGGCAGGACACAUGCCAUCCUCCACGGUAAUUUGGGAGGCCAGAUCUCUUGUAACCCAUUUGGGAGCCAGAUCUCUUGUAACCCAUAGAGCCCCGUAGAACCAGUUUGGGGCAAUGCCCUGGGCCUAGCACAACCCAAUCCUGUAUCAGGUGUCCAUGCUGGGCUGCACUUUGCCAGGGCUGGGGAGGGCUGUCUCACCUGUGAUUGAUGCUGGGGUGAGAGGCAAAGCACUGCUUGUCUGGCUCCAGGAACAUGCCCACAGAUCUACUGGUGCCUGCAGUGUCUGGUGUGGGCUCAGGCUGCCCUCAGCCUGCCCCCCCCUUGGGGCUGUAUUUCCCAUCCCACCCCCACUGGAGCACCAGGACCGGGGGCCAGUUUAUGGCAGGCUGCGUAAGGGAGUGCCAUGCAAUUACCCAGGCCAUGGAGGGGUUGGCCAGCCCCCAGCCCUUCUUCCUUCAUCCUUCAGAUCAGAGCAGCCCCUGCAUCUGCAGGCUCCCUAUGGCCUUCUCUCUGUCCCUCCAGGGUCCGGUCACUCUCAUAGCCUUGGUGGCAUCUGCUUGGACAUGUCCUCACUGCCCUAAUCAGCUUAAGGGAGGGGGAUCUGAUGUCAGUGUCUCCUCUGCAGUUGGCUCAGGCUGCAAGUUGGAGGGGGUAGGGGGGGGUGGCUGAUGCUGCCAAUGGAGAGCGAGUGUAUGGGAAAGGAGCUGUGAGAGUCCCUCCCAGGGGGGUGUUCUUUUCUCCACAGUCCCUGAGGUUCAUACAGCCUGGUCCCCAAGGACAGCAGGAAGUUAGCAGUGGGGGGAGAAGAAGUUGUUACCCCCAUGCAACCAUCACUCAGGCUGGAGAUCCUCCCCAAGCUUGGACUUGCAAGGGCAAAAUUGGGGGACUGGCUACAGCUGUCUCCCUCAGAGCUGGGGCAGGGGGCUGUGCCUCUGUUGGGGAGCUGGCACUGGGGCUUAGGUAACUGCACAAUGCAGGGUAGGACAUGGAUUAAGGGAUGUGGGUCAGUAGAAGCUCCUCCUCCACCAUCCCCCUCCUAUCGCCCCUGUCCCUCUGCCAAUACCUGAACCAGGGAAGUUCAGUUGAGCCCAGUUCCCUUCUCAUUCCCAGCCCUGCAAUCCAAAUCCCUGCUGGAUCAGAGGCUGGACAUGCUGGGGAUAGGGGGGAGUUACCUAUCGGGGAGACAGAGGAUUACCACCCCCUCCCCCCACCCCAGCACAACAGGGUGCAACUGAGGGCUUGCUUCACUCUGCUCUGAGCUCACCUGGCGUGGUCCCCCUGCUCUGUCCCCAGAGUUCUACCCCAAAAGCCAGGAACCAGCACUGCCCUUCCCAGGGACAGCAGCCAGGAGAGAAGGUGGGGGACACCUAUGCAGGACUGCACCAGUGAUGCUCUCGCCUGCCUGAGGAUGCAGCCAGUGUCACCAUGGCAACUCGGGAUGCUCCCAUCCACAGGCCCCCCCCACCCUGUGUUGUGCUUACCUGAUGGGGCGGUCACAGAAAAUCACACAUUCACCCCCUCAAUCCAGCCUCCCUCUUCCCAGAGCCCCAUCUGACCCAGUCCACCAACAGCGCCACUUUCUUCAGUCACUAAAACCACUGGCUGGGAGCAGACUGCAGCAAAAUCCUGCCAAUGGGCAAGCAGGGCCGAGCCCAGCACAGCUUCCAGCUGAGCAUCGUCCCCAGCCCUGACCAGAGGUGUCCAGCCUGGGGGGUCUGUCCUGGCUGGGUGGGGAGCAGGCAGCAGGGUGCAUGGGCCCUGUGCAUCCUUGGGCUCCAGACCUACCUGGUAGGACUCCUCAGGUGCUCUGCCCUGGGUAAGAUGGGGGAAUGUGGUCCCAAAGAGCCUCAGCUUGCACUGGGAACAGCAAGGGAGAAGAGGAUGUGUCCUGGCAGCUCCUUCUGCCUUGUGAUUAAAGGCAGAAGGUU